GAACAGCCUGGGCCUAUCUCGAGCAAAAAUCUCAGGAAAGCCCUAUCUAAGGGUCCAUCGCAGCGUCAAGAUUCAGCUUUCCUGAGGUCAAUCAGGCACGGCACGUUGACCACGAGACGUCCUCGCGUCUUUUUUUUUGCGUGCAACUUUUGUGCGGCAGCUUGACCGCUUGACAGCUAUACAGCCCAUGAUCCAUGAUCCAUGCUUGCAUGCUCGGACGGUAGACGGUAUGCCCGCUCCAUGCAGCGUCAAGAGCUCCCUGAGCAAAACACGGAACACGACCGUGGCGGAUUGGGCGGCAGACAGAAGGGACGGCGCGACGGCGCAGCGCCAAAAAAAGCGUGGGAACUGGUAUCUGUCUGGCACCCAGUGCCGACUUUGGCCGACGCCGCGUGAUGGCCACGUACACGUCACGCAAGUCUUCUCGCUCGCAAACUGGGAUUACGUGCCGGCGCGCGCCGCACAAUGCGGGGAGGGGGAGAGGGGACAGGAGAGAGGCACAGCGGGAUGCAGUCCAUGCGAUUGUUCCACUGCUCCAAUCCAUGACGUGAACAGCCAAGUUUUCAGGCGGGGGGACUGUUCCCCGCUCAUUACGCCGGCUAUGUCCCAGGCCAAGGCGUUACGCGUGCACCUCCAGUUCUGUUGCAUCGACCCGACUCUAUCUCGUGUCUCACAUGCAGCAUGCAGCAUGCAGCAUGCCUCCGUCCUGUUCUGACGCGUCGGCUGCGCGACACGAUUGCAUUCCACCGGCUCGUCUACCCGGCACAGAAACAGCACAACCGACAGUGCAGGCACAUACUGCCAUUCAUCAUUCAUUCAGUCGAAUGGUGG